AUGUCUCUUCGUCUCGUUCCUCCCACCGCUCAAUCAUCCUCCGAGGCUCAUGUGGUUUCAUCCCAAUCAACUUCCCAUCCUAUAUCAGGGACUCACGAUACAUUCCGACAUGGACUCAAAUCAGCAGCCCAAGGUGUAACAGCAGGGAAUGUCCAUCCUUUACAAACUAGAUUAGAGAAGUGGCAACAAACUCAAAAUCAAUUAGAACAGAAUAUGCAAAGAAACACAUUCGGUCUCGCUGUUCCCUUGAGGAAAGCAAUGGAGAUGAAGAUAGUUUCAGAGAACCUCCACAACCCCCUUCUCGAAAACUCAACCACCACCGGUGUCCCACUCGGAGGUUCUUCCAACCUUGCUUUGGAAGUAUUACAAGGUCAAGAUGAGACGCUCGAUGCAGGUGAUUUCAUGGGCGGUUCCAAUUCGUUGAACGAGGUCUUGGACGUUAAUGGUGUGAUGGAGAGAAGUAGAGGUAUAUAG